AUGUCCCUCUCCGACCACGAUCUCAUUCGCAACGCCAUCGCUCACUGGCCACUGGCCCUGGACCAAGCUGAUCCCCGCCUGUUGAGCGAAGCUUUCACUCCGGACGCCGUGAUUUACUACCCACCGCCUGUGGGCACACUCCAAGGCAUCGACGGGUUGAAGGGCCUUAUGGAAGCACACUUCCAGGCCGUCACGACGUACCAUUGCUCAGGCACGCAGGUCAUCCAGUUGCAAAGUCCCGUCACGGCUACCGCCCGCACCUACGCCAUCGGCAUACAUUUCUUCCCGGGGGAACCUGGCAGGACACCGCGGAGGAUCUAUGGGUAUUACGAUGACCGUCUGGUGAAGGGCGCGGAGGGAUGGCGGAUUGCGGAGCGGAGGGUUGUGGAGCACCUGCCCAUCAAUGCCUUCUGA